GAGUAUGUGAACUGUAUCCUGAGUUGCAGUCUUGUGCCUGCAUUCCUCUCAUCUAGGAUUUGCUUUGAAAGAAGAAAAAUCAUAAAUAAUAACACACGCAGACUGGAAUACGGCUUUGAAGAAUCUGUUUUUAAUACGGACUAUCAUUAUAUAGGACGUGAUUUACAUGGAUGAUCGCUGAAUUUUUGGGAUCGUUUUGCUUUGCGCGGACCAUCUAUAUAUAAAGGAAGGGCACACAAAUUGGUUGAAAAGUAAAUAGAUACGUCGUAAUUAAUUCGCGUUAAACAGAAAAACAAGAUGGCUGAUGAGCGAUAACGAGAGCCGAACGAUAUCGUCUCCUUUAAGAGCAAGAAAGGUAUCUGGGUUUAAUACAUGAAUAUUUUAGGCGAGUUAGCUUGAUCAAAAUAAAAUAGAUGACAUCGGGUACUAUAAAUGAAUACAAUGCAUCUGUGUUAAGUGCGGACAGGUAAACAUCAAACGAAACAUGGAGAGGGGUCGCGAUUUGGAUAAUUCUUUAAUGUUUAACCAACACAGAUAGCAAGGGAAUAGCUUUUCUAUUCUAGAUAACAUCUCUGGUCCGUUUUUGUUUUUUUAUGCUUCAAAACGCGUAUGUUGACAUUUAAAGUCCUGUUGCGAGUCGCGACUAGACAAAAUUUGUUUCUGGGUUUACCGGCUGCUUUUCUUGUAGUUGUGAGGAAACGAAAUCCUAUCGAUACAGUGUUGAAAGAGCAACACGGGGGCUAAGGUUUACUUUGAGAGGAGCGAUUAUAAUUCCAGCAGGGCAAAUAUCAUGUGCCCUGGGCACAAAUCAAAUGCGUGAUCGACUGCUUUAGUAAAUGACUGCUUGCGAAAGGACAUUUUCAUCACUUGAACUUCGUGGCGUCACCCUUUUCCUGUUUUAAACUUGGUUAAUGAUGAUACGCAUUUACAUCAUGAUUCAGCUGAUCUCAUUAUGAAUAUAUAUGAUGGCAUGUUGGUAUUUAUAAUAAGCACAAUACUAUGCAGUAGCACUUAUAGGCGGUAGGCUAGUUUUAGCGAACAGUCAGGCAUCUGUCAGUGAGACAUUUCUUGUGUUCUGCUUUUGUCUCGGUGUACGAUCAUUUGAAAUACACGUAAAUUCAACUUAAAAUCAAACAUAUCGACUGCUGUUUUACUUUCGAUCUUUCUCAAUUUUGAGGAUUAACUACAUAUAUAUUUUAGCAAAACUUUCUUCAUUUAAAAGGAACCAGUUUCUCUCGUUAGAAAACCUACACAGAACUGCAAUAACGCCCAACGCCAGAUUCCUCUUUUCCUCGUAAUUCAUAGUUGACAACUUUGCCAGUAGCAGAGGCGCUCGCUUGGCAUGUUUGGGUCUGAUCAACAGCUGUUUGUCUGGACCAUCUGUGCUCGUAUGGUUUUUAUCAACUGGAUGUACUAAUGGGGUCACAAUGAUUCAAACAUUUGGACGGUGCUAGAACUUAGUUUUUGAUAUAUUUACGAGCCUACAGAGCUAUUUAACUCAAUCCUGGAUGUCGGAUCAACUGGUUGAGAUGGCGGAGAGCUGGCGGAACUGUUUGGAGGAGGAACUCAUUUGUCCGAUAUGUCUGCAUGUGUUUGUGGAGCCCGUGCAGCUGCCCUGCAAGCACAACUUCUGCCGGGGCUGCAUCAGCGAGGCCUGGGCGAAAGACACGGGCAACGUGCGCUGUCCCGAGUGCAACCACGCGUACAACCAGAAACCAAAUCUCGAGAAAAACAUCAAACUCAACAACAUCGUGGAAAAGUUUAACGCGCUGAACGUUGAGAAAUCACCGGCCGUGUUGCACUGCAUCCUAUGUAGACGAGGACCUCCUAUUCAAGCGCAGAAAGUGUGUCUUCGUUGUAAUGCACCAUGUUGUCAGUCUCAUAUUCAGACGCAUCUCCAACAACCUUGUCCAGCCCCUGGGCAUUUACUGGUGUCGGUUGAGGAGGUCAGGGCCUGGAGCUGUCCACACCAUGAUGAAUACAGACUCUAUCAUUGUGAUGUGGAACAGGUGGCUGUCUGCCAAUAUUGUUGCUUCUCCAGAUGUGCACCCAACCACGGCCAUGCGGUUUGUGACGUGGAAGUACGGCGCAAUGAUUUCAGGCAUAUGUUAAUGAAGCAGCAGGAUCGUAUUGAUGAUCGAGUAAAAGACAUAGAGGAGCAGCUGUAUAAGUUAGAGUCUGACAAACUACUGGUGGAGGAUAAGGUCCAGCAGCUGAAGGAGGAGGUGCGUGUGCAGUAUCACAAAAUGCAUCAGCUUUUAGAAGACGACCUGGCUAGGACUCUAGAGGUUCUGGAUAAAGCCCACUCGAAAUACUGCCAGGAAAAUUCAACACAAACUCUGCACCUCAAUGAACGAUGUCAGGAAGCCAAGAAACUUCUCAGCUCUGUACAAGUCGUGUUUGACAAGGCAGAGAAUAUUAACAUUAUGAAGAACACAAAACCAGUGAAAAUCCUAAUGGAUAGAUCACAGUCAUGCUCGGGGAUUGUUCUUCCUCCUUACAAAGUGGGCCAUCUCAAUUCCAAAAUGUUCCUCUCUGAAGUUUCAAAAAAAGAGAAGAACUUGAGAAAAUUACUGGAAGCACCAUUAACUACCCCUGCGCACUUCCUCCAGAGCGUUUCUGUCCACCCCUCCAGUGUGAAUAACUCCGGGGGUGAGAAACGCAAACACUCCACGGCCUUCCCCGAAAGCAGCACCAGCUUGCUGGAGUCCUCGUCAGGCCCCAUGAGCAAACAACAGUUCCUGGGUCAAGGUUCCAGCUCAGCGGAUGGGUCAACCUCCCAGCCGCCCAUGGCUCCCUGUAGCUCCACCCAGCACAUCGUAGGCCUCAGCAGUAGCAGUGGAGCACAGUCAGUCCAUCAUUCCAGCUCCGUCUUUACACCGGCUGACUACCCCAAUGCCAGCUCUUCCCAGCAGGCCAUGCUGCCACAAUACGGCGGUCGCAAAAUUCUCAUGUGCACGAUGGACAAUUGCUACUGCUCUGGCGUACCCUCCAUAUCAAACCACCGAGGCCAUCCUCCGUACCCACGCUCUGGAUCUUUCCCUUGGACACAGGAGUACUCCCACCCCCUGCCUUCCACUCCUUCAAUGUCCCAGCCCCUUCAGGGCCUCUCCAUGCACGACUGGAUCGACGCCUCACAAAGCCACAGGCACCCUGACUUCUAUGGACUGUAUGGGCAAUCUUCCACUAAACCUUAUGUCACAAGUUAACCUUCCACCGCUGUCUCAUGUACAUCUCUGGUUUAUCUCCGAUAACUCACUCAUUUUAUUCUUGAUAGUUUUCAGAUUUUUUUUUCCAGUUAAAAGUUCUGGCAUUUUUUCGUAAUACGAUGGCUUUCGAAAUACGAAGCUCUUUUGAAUCUCUUCCAACUUAAGCAUUUAAAAACCUGUCUAUCUCUGUGUAAUGAAAGAUAAGGGAAUCUUUCAGUGAGAAAUGUGGAGGCGGGACCCAACAGAGUUUUUUUUAAAUUACAAACAGAUUUUGGAUAAUUGUAGAGGCUGCUGACCCAGAGCAGAUAAUGAUCACUUGUUGGAAAGGAGCGAGUUUUAACUUCUUCACCUCCCCACUUCCUGUUUUUAGGGUAUCUGGAAUCAUUUAUAUGACGUGGUGUUCCUAUUUACAUUGCUAUUUAACGUCUUACCGUUUAUAAUGGUAGAUGGGUUAUUGUUAUAAAAAAGAGGAAUAGCAAAGAGUUUGGGGUUUUGUUUAUCAUAUUCCACCUCUUCUGCACCUUGACAUUUUGGCUCUAAACUGUACCACGUAACCAUGUGUCUGUGGACUGGAAGAUUAGUUACUUGCAUUCCUAUCAGGCCAGAUUAUCUUGAUUUUUGUUUCGUUUACAAUUAUGUAUUAAUAUUUGACAGUAGGUUGGAAACAAUCAAUAUAAAAACUCAAAACGGGUUAAAAAAAAUUCCUUUAAAGGUGUCUUCAGAGAUCACAUAGAGUUCUCUCUAACAAAACCACUCAGCUUAAAUUUCCAUUUUAUGCAUCUGAAAUACUUCUAGAUUCUGCUUCCUGUCGGUUAAGGUCACUUCCUGCAUUCAAGCACACAUGUAAAGCAUGUUCAAGACCAGAUUGGUGUCUGCUACACACCUUUCAAUUGUAUCACCGUGUUGAUUUACAGUACUUCCUGUUGUAGUUCGUAAGAGAGAAGCCCAAUAGGGUUUGUGAUCACUGUGCAACACUGAUUGUCACAAACAUGCUGAAAAUCAUUAAACUUCCUCUCUGUGAUUGUAAGCAUGCAGGAAAUCCUUUCUGUACAUUUACAACUCCAAGAGACUGAGUUGAGGGUCGAGAAUGGAUGGUGACUUUUUUCACAUAUUUUAUACAAACUGAACGGACUGCAUACAUUUGGAAAUCAAUGUGCUUCAAAAGAGUAUUAAAUGCUGGUUUAAACAGAA